AUGGGUCUCUUCAGCAGCGACAAAGACGCACCGCGCGGGAGCGAUUCGUCGCAAGGCCCGCCCGCAUACAACAUCGACAAUGACGAUGGACUCACCUCCGAUAACGCAGACCAGCUCCAGCGCCAUUUGGGAAACCGACAGAUUCAACUCAUUGCUAUUGGAGGCUCCAUUGGUACUGCGCUCUUCGUGUCCAUCGGAUCGGGACUAUACCGUGGAGGGCCGGGCAACCUCCUGCUCGCAUACGCCGUUCAAUCCAUCGUCCUCGCCAUGGUCAACAACUGCACGGCCGAGAUGACAACCGCAUAUCCCGUCUCUGGUGGCUUCAUUCGACAUGCUGGACACUGGGUCGAUGACGCGCUUGGAUUCAUGGUCGGCUGGAACUUCUUCUUCUACGAGGCACUGCUCAUUCCCUUUGAGAUAUCGGCUUUUGCAUUGGUCAUAUCAUUCUGGAGCGAGUCUGUUACCGAACCUGGCCCUACAGCUGGUAUCAUCAUCGGUGUCAUUGCAUGCUAUGCAUUUAUCAAUCUUCUUGCUGWUGGGGUCUUUGGCGAGGCUGAAUUCUGGCUCUCCGGAGGCAAGGUCAUCCUCAUCUUCUCCCUCUUCUUCUUCACCUUCGUGACCAUGGUCGGCGGCAAUCCACAGGGCGACGCGUAUGGUUUCCGAAAUUGGACGAUGGGCCAGGCUUUCUUGGAGUAUUCCAAUGGAGCUCACAUGCCGAAAGGCGACCUUGGCCGAUUCGAGGGAUUCUUGGGCGCUCUCACAUCCGCAGUCUUCACGGUUGUCGGACCCGAGUACAUCUCCAUUGUCGCCGCAGAAGCUAUGCGUCCUCGACACUACAUCAAGAAUGCAUUCRAGACGGUCUACUUCCGUUUCGGCAUCUUCUUCAUCGGCGGUGCCCUGGCCGUUGGCAUUGCCUGCCCUGCCCGCACCCAGGCGCUCGAAGAUGUGGUCCUAGGCGGAAGCAACGGUUCUGCCGCGGCCUCGCCAUAUGUCAUUGCYAUGAAGCUCAUGUCAAUCUCCAUCUUCCCAGACAUUGUUAACGCACUCAUCCUCACAUCCAUCUUUUCUGCCGGAAACACUUACACAUACUGCGCCAUUCGUAACUUGUACAGUCUGUCGCUCGAGGGCAGAGCACCUCGAUUUCUUCAGCGCUGCACGAAGAAGGGUGUUCCCAUCUAUUGCUUCGCAGUAGUAAUGGUCUUUCCACUAUUAUCGUUCACAGCUGUCUCAAGUGGCUCCGCUGUGGCCAUUACUUGGUUUGCCAGCCUGGUUACUGGAGGAGGUUUGAUCAAUUACAUUGUGAUGUGCAUAACAUACAUCCGCUUCUACCAGGCCUGCAAAGUUCAAGGUCUCGACCGAAAAUCGCUCCCCUACACCGGUUGGUUGCAGCCAUGGUGCGCCUACUUUGGACUCGCCUGGAUGUUCACUGUGGCCUGCAUCUACGGCUACACAACCUACCUUCCAUGGGAUACGUCCACAUUCUUUUCGAACUACACCAUGCAGCUCUUCAUCCCAUGGCUCUUUGUCAUCUGGAAACUCGUCCACAAGACUACAUGGAUCAAGUCCAAGGACGCAGAUCUGGUGUGGGAAAAGCCAACCAUUGAUGCGUAUGAAAUGACGUUUUUGGAGUCGCCCAUUGGAUUUUGGAGAGAGAUGGGUCACUUGGUGGGAAUUGGUCUCAAGAAAGACAAAAACGCGAAUCGUAGGGCUAGUAUCAACCCGCAAGACGUCGCGGACUCGAGGAAGGAGAUGCAGGACGCUAUGCACAGCAAGUGA